AUGGUGGAAGGACCAGGUUGUACUCUGAAUGGAGAGAAAAUUCAGGCUCAGGUGCCCCGGGGCCAAGAGGUUACCGAGGUGCGGGGAACUGCUUUGCCAAGCUUACAUUUUUCGGCGCAGCCACACGCCGCCUCCGCUGCCACCGCUGCUGCGGUCUCCUCCCAGGCUUCUUCACUGAAUCAUAAUAAUUAUUCCAUCCAGAAUUUCUGCAGACUAUUUAAUGGAUAUGUUUACAGUGGCGUGGAAACUUUGGGGAAGGAGCUCUUUAUGUACUUUGGACCAAAAGCUUUACGGAUUCAUUUUGGAAUGAAAGGCUUCAUCCGGAUAAAUCCACUUGAGCAUAAAACCAAGAAUGGAGAUUGUCCUGUUUUGGAAGUGAGGCUCACCAAAGAUUUGAUUUGUUUCUUUGAUUCAUCAGUAGAACUCAGAAACUCGAUGGAAUGCCAACAGAGAAUAAGGAUGAUGGAAGAAUUAGAUGUUUGUUCACCUAAAUUUAGUUUCUCAAGAGCAGAAAAUGAAGUUAAGAAGCAGAAAGGUCGAAUGCUAUGUGAUGUGUUAAUGGAUCAGAAAGUGUUGCCUGGGGUGGGAAAUAUCAUCAAAAAUGAAGCUCUUUUUGACAGUGGUCUCCACCCAGCUGUUAAGGUUUGUCAGUUAACAGAUAAACAGAUCCAUCACCUUGUGAAAAUGACACAUGAUUUCAGUAUUCUCUUUUACAGGUGUCUCAAAAGGGGAUUGCCAAUCUCAAAACACUUUAAGGUUUAUAAGCGUCCCAAUUGUGGUCAGUGCCAUUGCAAAAUAAUUGUCUGUCGCUUAGGAGAGAAUAGUAGAAUGACAUAUUUCUGUCCUCACUGUCAAAAAGAAAAUCCUCAACUUGUUGACAUAUGUGAAUUGCCAAGUAGAAAUACUCUCAUUGGUGGGACAUCUAGCAGACAGGAUGAUCUUACAGACUGUGUGGCUCGGAAAUCUGAAGAACAAUGGGCCUGUGCUGCCUGCACACUGAUAAAUAUGCCCUCUGCUAAAGCAUGUGAUGCUUGCUUGACCUCAAGGCCUGUUGAUUCACUGUUCAGGAAUGAAGAAAACUCUACUGCCUUUAACAGUUUGGUAAAGUAUCCUUGUAAUAGCUUUGGAAAGUCACAUUCGGAAAUCAAGAUCAACAGGAAAACUGCAUUUGGAGCUACAACCCUUGUCUUGACUGAUCUUACCAGUAAAUCCAAUACUUUUGAAAGAACAAAAAGCCCAAAUCAGACACUACACGGGGAAUUUCAAAACAUGCUUUCUACUAACGUUUCUUUUAGUGAGGCACGACACCCCUCUAAGGAGAGAACAAACUAUAUAACUCAACCAUCUGACAAAGUGAACAUAGCACCAAUGGUCUUCCCUCAAUCUAAAUUAUUCAGUUCUGCACAUAAAAAAUUGAAAACAACCCACUACGUAUCCCGAGACCUUCAAAGUUGCAACCCUGGAUUUUCCAGCAGUGAUCUUCAAAUUAAUACAACAGAUGGUCCUUGUACCUUAAAUGCCAGCACUCCUCGAUGCAGUAAACACAACCGCUUCUGCGUUCUCAGAAUUGUGAGAAAAGACGGUGACAACAAGGGAAGGCGGUUUUAUGCUUGUCCUCUACCUAGAGAAGCACAGUGUGACUUUUUUGAAUGGGCUGAUUUGUCCUUCCCGCUCUGCAACCAUGGCAAGCGCACCAUCAUGAGAACAGUGUUGAAGAUCGGACCUAAUAAUGGGAAGAAUUUCUUUGUGUGUCCUCUGGGGAAGGAAAAACAGUGCAAUUUUUUCCAGUGGGCAGAAAAUGGGCCAGGAAUAAACAUGCCAGGGUGCUAAUAUUUUCUCUUUCUCUAUCUGGCAUUUGAUAUCUUCAAACUGUGUAAAAUGUUUAGUCUUCUUUGUUUAAUUGAAAAAUGUAGAAUACCUAUGGUAUACUUAAAGUUAUUACAAUGCUUAAAGCUUUUUAAAAUGUUUAACCUUUAGUAAAUAUUUGUUUUGUCAGAUAUAAAGUAUAUUGAAUAUAAAGUAUAUAUUUAAUCA